AUGGGUUCUCCACAGCCGCGAAACCCUAACGAUAUUCCAGUUCCUUACACAAUUCCACCGUGGAACGGGCUGCCAUGCCAUCCAUAUUCUUUAGAGGUUGUUGAAGAUGGAGCCAUUAUUGGCGAUUUUGAAUUAAACAAAAAGGGCGCAUAUAUGUUUGGUCGUUUAGAUUCAUGCGAUUUUGUCCUUGACCAUCCCACAAUCUCUCGAUUUCAUGCGGUAAUCCAAUUCAGCAGCAACGGAGGAGAAGCUUAUCUGUAUGAUCUUGGUAGCACUCAUGGUACAUUUAUAAACAAGAAUCAGGUUAAGAAAAGGGCUUAUGUCGAAUUGCGUGUUGGCGACGUUGUAUGCUUUGGUAAGUCAUCUAGGUUAUAUUUUUUCCAAGGUCCCUCUGAGUUGAUGCCCCCUGAGGGUUUUGUAUUACGACCAAAGCUCGAAGGAGAAUCCAUGGACGAGGGUAUAUCGUGGGGAAUGCAAGAGGACGCAAUUGAAGAAGACGAAUGUGACGUUGAUGGUAUGAUUACUUGGAAAACUUAUGAAGGAAAACUAACUGAGAAGCAAGAGAAGACACGCGAAAAAGUUGUGAAAAGGAUAGAAAACAUUGCUCACUUGAACAUUGAGAUUAAGGCUAUCCGGGCUAAAGGUGGUUUAACACAUGGACAGCAGAUGCAAAUUGCUCGGAAUGAGCAAAGGAUAUCGCAAAUCACGGAAGAGCUCGAAAACCUGGAGGAGACAUUGAAUGAAAGCAUUCGGGAGAGUUUCAUUGCCCGGAAUGGGAAGAGUACUAAAAGAGGUCGGAAAGACGAAUUAGAUUAUACAGCUGAAUCGCUUCUUGAGAAGAAAGAAGGGAUUCUUAAAGAGAUGGAAAACAAGAGGAAGUUGCUUGAACAAGAUGAUGGCGAAACCGCGCAACCUAAUAAUGAAGUUGGGGGAGAAUUAGGAGAUGAACUCGACGCGUAUAUGUCUAGGGUUUCAUCUCAACUUGCUCUUGAGAAUGAAGCGAAGCUCCAAAAGGAACUGGCCUCUCUUCAGUCUGAAUUGGAUAAAGUGUUGUACUUGCUAAAUAUUGCGGAUCCGACGGGCGAAGCCGCGAGAAGGAGAGAUUCUGCUGCGAGAUCGAGCAUUGGGAAAGUAGGAUCAGAACCUAGCCUCAAGUCAGUAGGAAGUGAAACAGUUCCUCAUGACGCCACAGAUGAUGCCAAAGAUUUGAAAAAUAAGGAGGGCAAACUAGAGGUUCAAGAUACCACAGAAAAUGUUCCCAUAAAAAGUACAAGCUAG